AUGUUCAGCGUCGAACUCGAUCUUGCAAUCAUUCGUCUGCAGGAGCUUUGGGAUGUUGUAGACACAUUUAUUGUUAUUGAAGGGAACCGAACAUUUACUGGCGACUUCAAACCCCUGACAUUUGCAGCCAACCGUCAUCGAUUCGAUUUCGCGAAGGAGAAGAUCCUGUACGAAGAGACUACGACCCUUCUUGAAAACCCCCAUGACCCGUUUGAUAAUGAGAAGAGGUCCCGUGACCACGCCACCGAAAUAAUAAAGGCCCUGAAGCUGGAGGAAUCUGAUUUAGUCAUAGUAUCUGAUGUCGAUGAGAUUCCUAAUCGCGAUACUAUCGAAUUACUAAAGGCAUGCCAGGGAUAUCCACAAUACCUACAUCUCGAAAUGAAGUCAUACAUGUACUCUUUCGAGUUCCCAGCACCCAGGCCACAAUGGCGCGCUAUGGCUGGCCAGAUCGGAACCAAUGGAGAAAUCGAGUAUGAUCAUCGACGCAUGGGCGAUAUUUUGCUGGCAAAUACUGGAGUGCACUGCAGCUGGUGUUUACGUAGCAUCCAGGACUUUCAAUUCAAAAUGCAGGCCUAUUCCCACGCCGACAGAGCGAGCAAAUCUGUUCUCGACCGCAAUAAUAUACAGAAGGCAAUCUGUGAUGGUUCAAAUGUAGAGCAAAUUCUUCCCGAGGUUUUCACAUUUAGCGACUUAGCAAAGGAGCUAGGCAAAUUGGAAAGAUCCUAUGAUAUGACCACGAUACCCAAGGCCGCCGUUGACGGCCGCCAGCAAUGGCCAUAUCUAUUUCCCGGAGGUUGCAUAAGACAAGAUUCGCCGGCAAAACCCCUCACAAUCUGA